AUGUGGCAAGGCAAUGUGCAUGGGCAUAGGGGUGCCAAAGGCAAAGGGGAUGCCGAAGCUUCGGAAGGCAAGGUUCCGAAGGGAAGGUAUGAUGUCAUCGCGAGUCAUGUGUCGGAAGACGUGAAAUGGUACAAGGGUGUCGAAGGUGCAAAGCUUGCAUGUCGCAAGAUAAAAAUGCCAAAAGGCACUGGGUUGCUGGAGGCAAAGGGGGUUGUCGAAGGGAAGAAAUGCAUAUAUGCAUUUUUUAUUAUUAUGUAG